GACGGAGAGAGAGAGAGAGAGAGAGAAAGAUAGAGCGAGAGACAGAAAGAUAUAGAGAGAGACGGAGGAGAGAGAGAGACGAGAGAGAGAGAGAGAGAGAGAGAGAGAGAGAGAGAGAAUAUUCGAAAUUCCACGAUCAUCAGCCACUAACUAUUGUGAACAUUGGUCUUCUUCACGCACAGAUUGGAACAUCCUCGCCUGCUUUCUACAAUGUCUGUUUUCAGUCAGAAGUCUAAGCCUGUCAGAUGGAGUAAGGAGAUGAGUGCCAGUCAAAACAUCGCUGACAGCAGCAGGAAGAAGACCAGUCUGCUGAAAGACAACAGCUGGAUCAGACGCAGCAUGGAGGAGGAGGAGCUAGUGGACCUGCAGUCUGAAGUGGGCCAGCCCAACCCUUCCACUGCCAGCCCUAGCACCCCAGUCAACCAUCUGACCAAGAGCCCUCCACUUCCUCCAAAGACCAAGACUGUGUCCUUCGUUUUAAGCACCCCCUCAAAGAGCAUGAAAGACUCCAAGACAGCCAGAAGUCCUGGCAGCACCUCCCCAAAGUCCCUAAACUCCCCCACAAGCUCAUCGCUGAAGAGCCCAUCCUUGUCCCUCUUUAUGGCAAGGGUCUUUUCCUCCCCCAAAAAACGAUUCUACUCCCCACUAAGCCCUCCAGAAGUACUCCCCCACUCCAUUACCCACAUCACUGAUGAAGAGCCACCGGCAGUCCCAACAACUCCACCACCUCCAACAUCUCUACCUCCACCACUGCCUCCAACAACUCUACGACCACCACCUCCUCCAACAACUCCACCACCACCACCUCCAACAACUCCAGCACCACCAACAACAACUCUACCACCACCACCUCCAACAACUCCACCUCCAACAACUCCACCACCACCACCUCCAACAACUCCACCACCACCUCCAACAACUCUACCACCAUCUCCAUCAACUCUACCACCACCUCCAACAACUCCACCACCACCACCUCCAACAACUCCACCACCACCACCUCCAACAACUCCACCACCUCCAACUACUCCACCACCACCACCUCCAAUGACCGAGUCACCAAUGCCCCAAGCUUCAAUCAGUGAGAUCAGUUUAGAGACCAGACUCACUGACCCUCCGUCCCUGACUCCAACCCAGACUCUACUCUCCAUACCUAACAGGUCAGUCCUGACUCCAACCCAGACUCUCCUCUCCAUACCUAACAGGUCAGUCCUGACUCCAACCCAGACUCUCCUCUCCAUACCUAACAGGUCAGUCCUGACUCCAACCCAGACUCUCCUCUCCAUACCUAACAGGUCAGUCCUGACUCCAACCCAGACUCUCCUCUCCAUACCUAACAGGUCAGUCCUGACUCCAACCCAGACUCUCCUCUCCAUACCUAACAGGUCAGUCCUGACUACAACCCAGACUCUCCUCUCCAUACCUAACAGGUCAGUCCUGACUCCAACCCAGACUCUCCUCUCCAUACCUAACAGGUCAGUCCUGACUCCAACCCAGACUCUACUCUCCAUACCUAACAGGUCAGUCCUGACUCCAACCCAGACUCUCCUCUCCAUACCUAACAGGUCAGUCCUGACUCCAACCCAGACUCUACUCUCCAUACCUAACAGGUCAGUCCUGACUCCAACCCAGACUCUACUCUCCAUACCUAACAGGUCAGUCCUGACUCCAACCCAGACUCUCCUCUCCAUACCUAACAGGAGUGUGACCAAGGGCCUGUGUUCGUACUGCUGUAAACCAAUGGUGGCUGGAUCCAACAUGAUCCUGGAGGAUCUUCAGAUCUACAGCCACUCAUCCUGCUUCAAGUGUGAGGUGGAGACCUACAUGUAGGAGACAGUAUGUGGCUCCACAGAGGGACAGUGCACUGUGAAGGCUGCUUCAGCACAACCAGAGGUGUGUGUGUGUGUGUGUCCACAACAAAUCCGUCAUGCUGGCUUGGCUCUAAUCCAGUCCCGUACGGUUUCUUUACAGAGAAGUAUCUCCUCUAGGGAAGGAUGACAGAACGCUCUCGUCUCCACGGUAACACAGACAGAACAAGGAGACACCGCUUCAGAAGUCAUAAAAGGACACAUUGCUUUUACAUGGGUGGAUCUGGUGGUUGACUCAACAGUAAAUUACAUUUUAUAAUGUAAUCUGGAUCUAUAAUCUUCACAACCUCUCUUGCUAAUUAUUGUCUCAUAUAGAAUCAGAUCCAAUGAUCUGGAUGGAUUCUUUAUGUACUUGUGUAUUUAUCUACUUUCAUGUGAUGUGAUUUAACAAAUCGUCAUAUUACAAUAUAACCACCAACUGACAUCAGCAUGUAGACAUGUUUAUUAAAAUGGACAUCUUCACA